GUGUGAAUCAUUGAAAAUAUAGGCUUAUUAAUCAAGUUUAAAAAAACAAAAAGAAGACUAUCUUUUUUUUUUAUACACAUAUUUUAUUUCUUUUUUUCUUUGUAAUCUAGAUUAAAACAGAUUAGAUUUAAAUAAAUUUAUAAAAUCGAAAAUGUCGACGCCUACUAGAAGAAGACUUAUGCGUGACUUCAAGAGAUUACAGAGUGAUCCACCAGCUGGUGUAUCAGGUGCACCUUGUCCAGAUAACAUUAUGAUGUGGAAUGCAGUCAUCUUUGGUCCUGCGGAUACUCCUUUCGAAGAUGGCACAUUUAAAUUAGUUUUACAAUUUGAUGAGACCUAUCCCAAUAAACCACCUCAAGUAAAAUUUGUAUCAAAAAUGUUUCAUCCCAACGUAUAUGCUAAUGGUGAACUUUGUCUUGAUAUUUUGCAAAACAGAUGGAGUCCUACAUAUGAUGUUGCAGCCAUCUUGACAAGUAUUCAAUCUCUUUUUAAUGAUCCUAAUCCUAAUUCGCCAGCAAAUGCAGAAGCAGCUAAUCUUUAUCGUGAAAAUAGAAAGGAAUAUGUUCGUCGAGUAAGGGAAACUGUUGAGGAGUCAUGGGAAUAAAUAAAAUUAUUAUUUUUUUUUUAAGUAUGUAGCUUUAUUCAUUUUAUUGAAUUAAUUUUAAAAAAAAACAUAAUUGUACUGUAUGCACAUACACAUCAAAUAUAUAAAGUAUCGGUGUUAUUAAUAAGUUUUAUAAAUAAUAAUGAAUUUUUCUAUAUUAGCAAAUAAAGUUUUAUGUUACUGAG